ACAAAAACCAGUACCACAACCCACAACCAGUUUCAGCACUAGCAUCCCAUUACGCCAACGCAUCUGCUUCACCGGAAUCACAGCCGCGUCGGAAACCAGGCAACGAGUGCCAUUGUCUUCCCCGCAGCUCUGUCCCUCCGCGUCGCAGCCUCCAGCAGCAGAACACUCGAGCCACCGUGCAGCCACCACCACGCAACGAUUGCGUAGGCAGCGGGUGGUUGUGUUACUCCUUGUGCCGCCUUUCCCGACCAUCCCCGACAACCCAGAAAGCUUCGCCUUCCCUCGCAGCAAGCCGCGCACAAUUCCCCGUUUCUCUCACUCGAUUCGUGCAACAAUUUGGGUGAAUUUGGUGAAAGUGGUGAUGGCAGCGGCAACUUCUUCAUCAUUGAAAGAGUAUUUGAAGAAGUACGAAAGUAACAGUGCAGCAGAGGAGAAGAAGAAGAAGAAGAAAAAAAAAAAGAAGAAAACUAAAGCAGUAGCUGCUGGUGUUCUUGUUGUGGAUGAAGAUCCUGUGUGGCAAAAGCAAGUCAAUCUUGAAGAAGAUGAAGAGAUUGAUUCACCUGAUGAGAAGCCACAAGUUGAUGAAGACAUAGAAGUUAAAAGGAUGAAGAGGUUGGAGCAGCUUAGAGCUAGGCGUUCUUACAAUGAAAUCUCUGAAGAUGGUAGUGGCUGGGUUCCAAUUUCUGAUACUCCAAUGGACUCAACUAAUCUUGAUUCCCCACCUCGUAAUCGGAAAGCUAGGUAUGUGACACCUUCUCCUGAGCAUGGGAUGGAUGCUUCAGAUUCAGGUAGAAAAGAACUUGCUGAUCUGUCACCACCACGACAGCAUCGCCAACGCAAUGGCAGUUCCUCACCAGGGCCUAAUGGUCUUGGUAGAGAACUAAGAGAAGGCUCUGAUCUGUCACCACCUCGACAACGUCACAAUCUCAAUGAUUUUUCAUCAUCUAAGCACGUAACAGAGUCCUCAGCUGCCAUUGAAGAAGUCGAUUUAUCACCACCACGGCAGCGCCGUAGGCGCUAUGACUCUCCCUCACCAGAACGCAGGACCAAGGCUUCAAAUGCAGAGGACAGUGAUAUGUCCCCUCCACGUCGGCGGGGACAGGUUCAUGGUUCCGUUUCACCCAUGCCUCAUAAAAAUUCAUCAGUUUCUGGUGUAAGAGACUCUGAGAUGGAUGAUUUGUUCCCCCCUCGUCGAGAGCGCCGUGGUUCUUCAAAAAUAAACGAUUCACGAGUUUCAGAGGAUCUUUCUCCUCCGAGGAAAAGCCAAAAGGGGAUUGAUAAAAGGGUCGGAAGAACAAAUAGUGUAAGAGGAAGGUCAAUUGAACCAGAUUUGUCACCUCCUAGAAAAAGCAAAGAACAGAAGAAAACAGGCUUGAUUACUGGCAAAGAUGUCAGUACAGAGAUUACGAAAAUUAAAAAAGAUGAAUGGUCGAGAUUCAAUGAGAUGGAUCCUUCUACAAGCGGACGAGGAGCUGUACCAGUAUAUCGUUUCAAGGGAGAACGCAUAUCAAAGGACGAGUACUUGAAGCUAACCAAGAAAGAAGAAAAGCCCAAGAAGGAGGAGAAGAAGCUGGAAUGGGGUAAGGGCUUGGCUCAAAAACGUGAAGCUGAAGCUAGGCUUCUUGAGCUGGAACUUGAGAAAGAGAAACCAUUUGCACGGUCCAGAGAUGAUCCAGAACUUGAUAUCAUGAUGAAGGAUAGACCUAGGUGGGGUGAUCCAAUGUUACAUUUGGUCAAGAAAAAACAAUCGGACUUGGUUCUUUCAGACUUGGGUGAUAAUGAGAAGAUGAAGGAGUCUGGUUUCAUUAUUCCCCAAGAUAGACCUAGUCACAGCUGGCUCAACAGGGGAGUUGACUAUGAACCUAACAGAUACGGCAUCAAACCCGGGAGACAUUGGGACGGAGUUAAUCGUAGUACUGGAUAUGAAAAGCAAUUGGUCAAAAGGACAAAUGAAAAACGAGCUACUGAACGAGAAGCCUACCUGUGGUCUGUAGCAGACAUGUAGAUAGUAGAUGGUGUUGUUAUUGGGAGAUAUGGUCAUUUAAGUUGACCCUUUUCACUAUCUCUUGAUUUGUUUGUGCCUUGUUGGGUUGGGGGUUGUUGGAGUGAUAUUGUGGUAUUCGAGUUACGUAGAUUCCUCCUUCUUCAUCCUUUGAUUUGUCGAGGUUUACCUAAGAAUAUAAAAUACUUCGUUCCACUA